AUGGCGCAACGUCUCCUGCGCCUCUUGCGCCAGUCGUUCGGCAGAAGGAGGGAGGAGAGGGGGACGGGUGACGCCGAGGCAGAUGAGGGUGGUACGGCCGCACUCUACGACCCCUCGCUUCACUCCGGAGCGUUGACGGCGCCUCCGACCACCCUCCCCAUCCUCAUCCCUCCCCCGCGUCGACCUCGUACCCGCACUUCGUCGAGCCCGUCGCCGGGACCCCUGCACCAAGUCCUCCAACACACCGACUACCACUUCGUACACCGACCCAGCCCGGCCGCGUCCCUCGUACCCUCACCCACCCGCUCUCACGGAAGCCCGCCAGGCAACGGCUUCAGCACUUUCCUCCGCGAGUACCGGCUGCAGAUGAGCUUGGACGACGCAUUCGACGACGAGGAGGACGAUGAGGCGCCGUCGUCGCUGCAUUCGAGCUGGCAAGGCUCGUCGACCUACCGCGACGGGUGUUGCUCGUCGAUUCACACGCACGUGCAGGACCUCGUCGGCGGGUUCAGCGACGAGGAGCCGCUUAUCUUGAAGGAAUACGACGAGGACGAGGACGACUGCGGCGACGAGGAGGACGACGACGACUGCGGCGACGAGGAGAGCGACGACGAGACGUUCCGGUGCAAGACGGCGGCCGAGAUUGAGCGGGCGUGGGAGGCGGGACUGGCGAGGGACUUGCGCGCUGGUCGCGCUCGUUUCGGUGGCGAGGUAGCUCAGGGUCUGGCGGUGUCGUAG